AUGGAUGUCAAUCAGGUGUUGGCGGGCACCCUCUCCACUGAUACUGCAACGCGUCAAAAUGCCGAACAGCAACUGCUACAUGCAGCUGAAGUUGAUUUCGCCACCUACCUUACGACCCUCGCGGGGGAACUUGCCAACGAAUCCGCUACCGCAACCGUUCGAAUUGCUGCUGGUAUUGCGCUGAAAAACUCAUUCACGUUCCGGGAGCUUGAUCGAUUGCGAGAAGUCCAGGGGAAAUGGGUCCAUCAGCUUCCCCCCGAUGUAAAAAAAACCGUCAAGGAGCUCGCAUUGAAAACUUUGGAAUCAGAUGAUGCGAGAGCUGGACAGUCUGCGGCUCAGCUUAUUGCCGCUAUUGCUGCCAUUGAGCUCCCGCGAAACGAAUGGUCCGAGUUGAUGAAUACCCUUGUAAAGAAUGUCAAUAGUGGUUCAGAUCAUUUGAAACAAGCAUCUCUCACCACGAUUGGCUUUAUCUGCGAAACGGACGAACCAGAGCUUCGCGACAGCCUAAGUGCUCAUUCCAAUGCGAUACUCACAGCGGUUGUUCAGGGUGCGCGACGGGAAGAGACCAAUUCAGAUGUUCGAAAUGCUGCCCUUACGGCUUUGGGUGAUGCGAUGGAAUUUGUGCGGUCAAACUUUGAAAAUGACGGCGAGCGAAAUUACAUUAUGCAGGUUGUUUGCGAGGCUACACAAGCCGAGGACACGCGGAUACAGAGUGGCGCUUUUGGCUGCUUGAACCGAAUUAUGGGCCUUUACUAUGAGAAGAUGCGCUUUUAUAUGGAGAAGGCCCUCUUUGGUUUGACGAUUCUAGGCAUGAAAAGUGAGGAAGAAGAUGUUGCAAAGCUUGCUAUUGAGUUCUGGUGCACGGUUUGUGAAGAGGAAAUUGCCAUAGAAGAUGAUAACGCUGCUGCACAAGCGGAAGGGUCCACUGAAAUUCGCCCAUUUUUCAGUUUUGCACGGGUUGCUUGCAGGGAGGUUGUUCCUGUCCUGCUACAGCUAAUGACCAAGCAGGACGAGGAUGCUGCUGAUGACGACUAUGAUACCUCUCGGGCCGCCUAUCAAGCCCUGCAACUCUAUGCCCAGUGCGUUGCCGCUGAAGUGAUCCCACCCGUUCUGGCGUUUGUGGAGGAAAAUUUGAGAAGUGAGGAUUGGCAUCGUCGGGAUGCCGCAGUGGCCUCGUUCGGUGCUAUCAUGGAUGGGCCAGAUGUCCAAACUCUGGAUCCUCUGAUCAAACAGGCCCUUCCGGUAUUAAUUGGAAUGAUGGAUGAUAAGGUUGUUCAUGUUAAAGAUUCCGCUGCUUAUGCUCUUGGCCGGAUAUGUGAUUAUUGCUCUGAGUCUAUCGACCCAGAAGCUCAUUUGCAGCCGCUUAUUUCAUGUUUGUUCCACGGGUUGGCUAGUAAUCCGAAGAUUGCUGGUUCUUGCUGCUGGGCCUUGAUGAACCUUGCCGAACGAUUUGCUGGUGAAGCUGGUGCUCAGACGAACCCUCUAUCGAAGCAUUUCCAAGACAGUGUUACUUCGCUGCUCACUGUUACAGAGAGACACGACACUGAUAAUCAGCUUCGAACCGCUGCCUACGAGGUUCUUAACGCUUUUGUGACAAAUGCUGCUAAUGAUAGCCUUCCCAUCGUUGCCAACCUUUCUGACGUUAUCAUUCAAAGACUGGAGCAAACAGUUCCUAUGCAACAACAGGUUGUCAGCGUUGAAGAUCGUAUCACACUUGAAGAAAUGCAAACCAGCUUGACGAGUGUGCUAUUGGCUAUUGUGCAACGACUAGAAGGAGAGAUCAAGCCUCAAGCCGAUCGUAUCAUGCACGUUAUGUUGCAAGUUUUGUCCACUGUACCUCCGAAAUCAAGUGUUCCAGAUACCGUCUUUGCCACUGUUGGCUCGAUAGCCAGCGCUCUUGAGACAGAUUUCCUCAAGUAUAUGGAUUCGUUCAUUCCGUUCCUUUAUAAUGCCCUGGGUAAUCAGGAAGAGGCUGCCCUCUGUGCCAUGGCGAUUGGAUUAGUUAGCGAUAUCACUCGAUCGUUGGGCGAAAAGGCGCAACCUUACUGUGAUACGUUCAUGAAUCAUCUUCUCAACAACUUGAGGAGCACUACACUCAGCAACCAGCUCAAACCAUCGAUCCUCGAGACUUUUGGGGACAUUGCUCAGGCUAUCGGGACCCAUUUUGAGACAUAUUUGGUUGUUGUCGCUGGCGUGCUGCAGCAGGCAUCUGGUGUGACGGCUUCUCCUGAUGUGUCCUUCGAUAUGCUUGAUUAUAUUGUUUCCCUUCGAGAAGGGAUUAUGGAUGCUUGGGGUGGCAUUCUACUUGCGUACAAGGGCACACCAAAUGUUAACGCAUUGCAUCCAUAUGUGGAGUCGAUUUUCCAGUUGCUAAAUAUCAUUGCUCAAGAUACGAAUCGGAGCGAAGGCCUUCUCAGAGCUAGUAUGGGUGUUAUUGGAGAUCUUGCCGAUACAUUCCCCAGUGGUGAAUUUGCGCCGUUCUUCCGUAACGAUUUCGUCUCCAAUUUGGUUAGGGAAACCCGGACAAAUCGUGAGUUCGGGGCCCGCACAAUUGAAACAGCCAGAUGGGCUCGUGAGCAGGUGAAACGCCAAAUCGGCCUUGCAACGGCGCAAGCUAUGUCGUAA